CCAACGGUCAAAGGACAUGGCAAUCUCCAAUAACUCCUCCGGCGCUGAAACCCCACUCCUAGUGGAAGACAUCGUUGAUGGUUGCCUUGACUACAAAGGCCGCCCUGUCGAAAGAACCAGCUGCGGCGGCUGGAAAUCCGCUUCCUUCAUAAUAGGCGUAGAAAUUGCCGAGAGGUUUGCUUACUGUGGAAUCGACUCCAACCUUGUAACAUACUUAACUGGACCUCUGGGUCAGUCCACCGCCACUGCCGCCGUGAAUGUCAACACCUGGUCCGGUACGGCGGCGCUUCUGCCACUCUUGGGGGCAUUCAUUGCUGAUUCUUUUCUUGGCCGAUACCGCACCAUUAUUGUUGCUUCUCUUAUUUACAUUUUGGGACUCGGAUUGCUAACUUUGUCGGCCACUCUUCCUUCUCUGAACACUUCUUGGUGCCAAAAGGCUGAUACCAGCAUACUGUGUUCUCCUCAGUUACAAGUAAUAAUUUUCUUCUUCUCACUCUAUCUAGUAGCAUUUGGACAAGGUGGACAUAAACCAUGUGUCCAAGCUUUUGGUGCGGAUCAAUUCGAUGCACAAAACCCGGAGGAGUUCAAAGCCAAAAGUUCCUUCUUUAAUUGGUGGUAUUUUGGUUUAUGCUCUGGCACCUUAGUAGCAUUUUUGAUUUUAAACUAUAUCCAAGACAACCUUAGUUGGGUUCUUGGAUUUGGUAUCCCCUGUAUCAUCAUGGUUGUUGCACUGGUUGUUUUCUUGUGUGGAACAACUACUUACCGGUAUAGUGUCAAAAGAAAUGAGAAGAGUCCAUUUGUAAGGAUUGGUCAGGUGUUUGUUUUAGCAGUUCGGAAUUGGAGAACAUCAUCAAUAGCUGCCGAUAAAGAAGCUUAUGGGACUCUGCCAUCAGCAGGUUCCGAGCAAUACAAAUUCCUCAACAAAGCCUUGCUUGCUCCAGACGGUUCAAAGGAACAUGGAAAGGUGUGCUGCAUUGGAGAGGUUGAAGAAGCAAAGGCUGUUCUAAGGCUAGUUCCGAUAUGGGCUACAAGCUUAGUUUAUGCUGUUGUCCUUGCACAAUCAUCGACUUUUUUCACAAAACAAGGCGCUACCAUGGACAGAUCAAUUACAACAAGUGUUAAAAUACCAGCAGCUUCACUUCAGGCAUUCAUCAGCCUUACAAUUGUUCUAUCCAUUCCUAUAUAUGACUGUAUUUUUGUUCCUUUAGCAAGAGCCUGGACUGGAAAACCUGCCGGAAUAACAAUGCUUCAGAGAAUCGGAACUGGGAUGUUUUUAUCUGCCAUAUCAAUGGCACUUGCAGCUUUAACCGAAAUGAAGCGGAUUAAAAUCGCUCGGGAACAUGGUUUGGUGGACAAGCCAGAAGCCACGAUUCCGAUGAGUGUGUGGUGUUUGGUUCCUCAAUAUGUUGUGACUGGGUUGUCUGACAUGCUCACCAUGGUUGGUCUUCAAGAAUUCUUCUAUGAUCAGGUCCCAAAUGAAUUGAGAAGCAUUGGUCUUGCACUGUACCUUAGCAUCUUUGGUGUUGGAAGCUUUUUGAGCGGCAUUCUAAUUUCUGCCAUUGACAAAGCAACAGGAGGGAGCGGUGGAGAGAGUUGGUUUCCAAAUAAUUUGAAUAAGGCACAUCUUUAUUACUUUUAUUGGCUGCUUGCUGCACUUAGUGCCAUAGAAUUGGCUCUCUAUUUCUAUUUUGCCAAAAAAUACAUUUAUAAUAGAGCAACUAGACAAAUGCAGUCAUGAAUCCUAAGAAAAGAGAUUUGUUGAAAUUAAAUUGUA